GAAUAUGUUAAGUCUUAAUCAUAUUAAUCGUUAUCAUCAUUCUUUCAUAUUGAGUAAAUGGCAGAUCAAAAUCCAAGAAUCACCGUCGAGAAAAACCCAUCUCAAGAUCGUCUUGAUGAACUGAAGAUCAAGUCAUGGCCCAAGUGGGGAUGUUCACCAGGGAAGUACCAUCUGAAAUAUGAAGCAGAAGAGAUAUGUUACAUUGUGAAGGGUAAAGUUAAGGUUUACCCUAAAUCAUCAUCAACAACAGGAGCCUCAUCAUCAGGGUCGUCAUCAUUGGAUGCGGAAGUAGAAUGGUGUGUAGAGUUUGGAGCAGGUGAUAUCGUCACUUUUCCUCAGGGACUUUCUUGUACUUGGGAUGUAUCUCUCCCCGUUGACAAACAUUAUAUUUUCCGUCACAAUUAGUUCUUCACUUCUUUAUUUUGAUUCGUUACUAUUGUUGUAUUUCGUGCUCUUUUUGUUUGGGUUUUUAUAUAGUGAGAAAAUAUAGACUUGUGUGCAUUAACAAUCACAUAACUAAAGAAUGGAGUAUUUCACAAUUCAAGUUUGAGAA